AGCAUUGUUUUUUUUGGUGGAAACAUAGCAUUGUUGAUAAGUAUACGUAUCGUACAUACGUUUUAAAUUAUGUUGCUUCAGAAUAGCGAAAAUGAAAUCAAAACCCAGAGAUUUUAGAGCGUCACUCAAGUUUUAGGGCAAAAUGGAGUGUCAUCUCAACCUCAGGUUGACCCUCCACUGAAACUUGUGGAUUCACUCCACUCUUCGCUGUGAUUAGUGCCUCCACUCGGUUUCUCUGAGAAAUCGAGAAAGGGGCCCUUAGAUUGUAAGGUAUUACAGAGGGGGUCUCCUUGUUCACACUAUUAGAAGUGGCAGCAAAAGAAGAUGGGUUCAGACAAUCCAUUGCCCAAAUGGGCUUCAAAGCCUUGCAUUAUGGGCAUCGAUGAGGCUGGAAGAGGCCCUGUUUUAGGUCCCAUGGUCUAUGGAUGUCUAUAUUGUGCCGUAUCCUAUCAAAAGACUCUUUCUUGCCUGAAUUUUGCAGAUUCGAAGACUCUAAAAGCUGAAAAGAGGGAGGAAAUAUUUGAUAGUUUAAAGUCUAAUAGAUCAAUUGGAUGGGCCGUCGAUGUUAUAGAUCCGAAGGAGCUUUCAGCUAAGAUGCUAAAGAAAAAUAAAAUAAACCUAAACGAAAUAUCACAUGAUUCUGCCAUUGGCCUUGUUGCUAGAGUACUUGGUAUGGGAGUUCUUCUAACUGAGGUCUAUGUGGAUACUGUUGGUGAUGCCGAGAAGUAUACCGUAAAAUUGUCUCAGAAAUUUCCUGGUGUCAAGUUCAUUGUUGCAAAGAAAGCCGAUAGUCUCUAUUCAGUUGUCAGUGGAGCGAGCAUAGUUGCAAAGGUGACAAGAGACCGAGCUUUGCAUGACUGGGUGCUAGAAGAAACAGCAGAGAAAAUGCAUAGGAACUUUGGAUCUGGUUACCCUGGAGAUCCUGAAACUAAAGCUUGGUUAGAACAUCACAAGCACUCGGUAUUUGGAUUUCCAACAUUAGUCCGUUUCAGUUGGGGUACAUGCACUCCCUACUUCAAGGACAACGUCGAAGUCCUGUGGGAAUCUGACAAGCUAGACGAGGAAGAAGGCUCCAAUAGUCGAAAACGCCAAUUAAAGUUGAGUAGUCUUGGUUUCACGGGAUCUAAGAGGAAGAGCGAGGAAGUUGAAUCUAGUGGUAAAGGUCGUUGCAUGUUCUUUCAGGCACGCAAACUUGAGCAGAUGAUUCAUUUCUGAGGAACAGAAUUAUAUUGUUUUGUGCUCAUGGAUUUCUAGGUGUGCACGAAGUUACCAGAAUUUGUUGGUAAGUCCAAAUUUUCUGGUUUUAAUAUUAUCAGUGUUAGAUCUGUAUAUAAGUCUCCUCGAUGAGGGCAUAACUUUGGUAACUUCUGUGAGUGGAUUGGGAAAUUGAUGAGUUUUGAACCAAGAUGGGAGCGGCUGGUUCAAAGUUUCAAAC